AUGUCUUCAGGGUCUCACGACGGCGCCAAUGGCGGCGAGAAAGCUGCUCCGCUCGAUCUCGAGCGACAGAGCGAUGUACCUCAUGUUUUGUAUGAGGCUCCCAAGUCUCUUGGUGCCGGGUCUGCGCUGGCCUUGGGGGCUUUCGGAACGACCCUGACGACUCUCUCGCUGAGUUUGAUGGAAUGGCGCGGCGUGACCACCGAGAACGUCUUUGUCGCCAACUUCUUCUUCAUCGCAGCCUUUGGGCUCGUGAUCACCGCCCAAUGGGAACUGUCAAUUGGCAACGGAUUUUCGUAUACGGUUUUCAGUGCUUUUGGUCUUUUCUACGCGGGCUUUGGCGCUAUCCUGACACCGGCUUUUGGGGUCGCUCAGGCAUAUGGUGGAAGCAGUACUGCAGAGUAUAAUAAUGCGGUGGGCUUCUUUAUGAUCCUGUGGACGGUGUUCGUAUUCACAUUCCUCAUCGCAUCGCUGCCCAGCAACAUUGCGUACAUCUUGGUGUUCUUGUUUGUGGACUUGGGAUUCUUGAUGGUUGCUGCAAGCUACUUUGCCCUAGCAGAUGGCCACGCUGCAUCUUCGCUGGCUCUGAAGAAAUCCGGGGGCGUCUUUUGCUUUCUGGCCGGGUUGAUAGGCUGGUACAUUGUGUUCCAUCUGCUUCUUCAGGACUCACUUCUGGACAUCCCACUGGGCGACACGUCGCAAUAUUUCGCAAAGAAGAAGAGGCACAGGGCUCAGUAG